UCCCCCGGGAAUGGUAAAUCGGCGGGCCAGACCGCGGAUGGCGUAUUCUUAGCUCUUCCACCACGUUUCUCCGAUUUCUUGGCCGCUUGUCUGGGCAAUGAUCAGACCUCUGCGGAGUAAGUCCCGCUACAAUUCCAACCAAAACUCAACCGAUCUCGAAGAUCGAGGAUUAAGGUUUCGAUGGAAGCUGGUGGUGCCAAACCAAUUGGUAUUUCCCUUUCCAGAUAUUCUGCAACAGAGCAAUCUGAGCACAAGGACUUUGCAGCAAGCAAAUCCAGGAACCGGACAGCAUGGACCAAUUGAGGCUCUUGGCCACUUGAUAAGACUCCACCAUCGGAGUGUGGCGCUGCUGUUCUGGACUCAUCAGCCGAUCCACAUGCCGCUUCAGGCUCGCUUUACCGCCGGUUCGCUCGGAAUGGAUCCGUGUUUGCACACCUCAGUCGAUGACUUGCCAGCUACGCGCUCGUUGAGAGCUGCAUCAGCGGCAGACAAAUCAUCCGCCAGAGGAGAGCGACAGCAAUGGACAUUCACAUAUCCGUCUGAUUUUCCUGAUGAUUCGAGACGAUGCCUGAAGGAGCACUGGAGUGGGAUACUGGACAUCGACCGAGGGUUUCGAUGGAGUUAUGAACAUCGCCUUACACAGUAUUAGGCUGUAGGUGGCCCUGGGCAUGGAGGUCUGGUCACUGGCACAACACACACGUUCCAUGCCGACGAAUCCGCUCAUUUUUGCAGCUUUGCAACCAAUGAGGAACCAUUGGCCCCCAUUCCUCAGUCUUGAAGCGCGUCAGUUCACCCCCCAUUUCACGACAAGGAUGGAUACGAAUAGCUGCCAAGCGACGGAGGUACCCUGAACGUGGGU